CAGAACACAACAAACAUUAACAAAAAUAGAAGCUACACAAGUUCUUAGCUUUCUUGAAACGAAGCAGAAGACUCGAGCUUUCAAUUUUCAAGCAGUACAAGGUUUAUAUAUUGAAACUGUUGGGGUUCAAGUUCCAAACAAAAUCUUAAGAAGUUUUCCUAGGGUGGUGAAUUUCUGAUUUGCUUGUUCGAUUUUAAAGAUCUCCUCCACAUAAAGCAGCUGAUGCCAUCAUCAUAUAUGGACUCGCAGCAACUUUUCAGUUUCAGUGUGGCUAGUGCAGGAUUACCUUACAUGCCAUCUUUUCCCACUAUUCCAUCCCUACCAAGCAGGCUUCUUGGUUCCGUGAAAUUUGACACAGGAAACUCACCUAAUUCACCCUUUUCCACUCAUUUUGAUUCUGAUACACUUUCUGCAUUGAGUGACAACCAGGAGCAACACAGCUCUGGAGAAAUCCUCUCAUGUGUAAGCCCCUCUCGUAACUCUUCACUGGAAACCAACCAUUAUAUGCAUAGAUCAAUCUCAUCUGUGGACAGACUCAGAGACAGUUUGCAACUAUAUUCUCCUAGGAGCUCUCUUCCACAGAAUGCAAUUUAUAACCAGAAAAUCAGACACGCAUUGCUGGAACUAGAAACUGCUCUGAUGGCACCUGAUGAUAAUGAAGUUACCACAUCAAAUACGUCAUUGGCUGAGAGCAGCAGGCCAACGACAUCUGGUCAGAGAUAUAGGUCCUGGAGCCAUGAGCACCAGGAGUCACAAUAUAUUCAAACUCAGCCAUCAUAUGUUACCAGCUGUAGGCAAUCGAGUGAAGUUGAACAUGUAGAGAAACGGCAGAAGUUGAUGGAGGAAGCAUCUCUACAAGGGUUCCCAUCAAGCAAUUUGAAACAAUUGCUGAUUGCAUGUGCCAAAGCCCUGUCUGAAAACAACAUGAAAGAUUUUGAUCAAUUGAUAGAAAAGGCUAGAAGUGUUGUGUCUAUCAAUGGGGAGCCAAUACAGCGGCUUGGUGCUUAUAUGGUAGAAGGGCUUGUUGCAAGGAAGGAAUCUUCGGGGAAUAGCAUCUAUCGUGCCCUUAGGUGCCGAGAGCCUGAAGGUGAAGAAUUACUCUCUUACAUGCAAUUGCUGUUUGAAAUCUGUCCUUACUUGAAAUUCGGUUACAUGGCUGCCAAUGGAGCCAUUGCUGAGGCAUGCAGAAACGAGGAUCACAUACACAUAAUAGACUUUCAGAUUGCUCAGGGAACUCAAUGGAUGACUCUUCUUCAAGCUCUUGCAGCAAGACCUGGCGGGGCUCCCCACGUGCGGAUCACAGGGAUUGAUGACCCCGUUUCUAAAUAUGCUCGUGGCGAUGGACUAGAGGUAGUUGGGAAAAGGUUGGAGUUGAUGUCUAAGAAAUUUGGCAUCCCAGUUGAGUUUCAUGGAGUGCCUGUUUUUGCUCCAGAUGUGACAAGAGAUAUGCUUGAUAUCAGGACUGGAGAGGCUUUGGCUGUGAACUUUCCCUUGCAACUCCAUCAUACAGCUGAUGAGAGUGUUGAUGUGAGUAACCCAAGGGAUGGACUUUUGAGAUUGGUAAAGUCGCUUUCACCCAAGGUGACCACACUCGUGGAGCAGGAAUCAAACACAAACACAACUCCUUUCUUUAACAGGUUUAUAGAAACCUUAGAUUACUAUUUGGCAAUCUUUGAGUCCAUUGAUGUCACCCUCCAAAGAAAUAGCAAGGAGCGGAUUAAUGUGGAGCAACAUUGUCUUGCCCGGGAUAUUGUGAAUGUUAUUGCUUGUGAAGGCAAGGAAAGGGUAGAGCGACAUGAACUGUUUGGCAAGUGGAAGUCUAGGUUAACAAUGGCUGGCUUUCGUCAAUGUCCUUUGAGCUCUUAUGUGAAUUCUGUUAUAAGAAGCCUUCUGAGGUGCUAUUCAGAACAUUAUACACUAGUGGAGAAAGAUGGGGCCAUGUUGUUGGGGUGGAAGAACAGAAAUUUGAUAUCAGCCUCAGCCUGGCAUUGAUAAAAACAUAGAUAGGAAUUGCUGUAGUGGUAGUAGAAAUAUCGUGAUGAAGGGAAGCGAAAUGAUGUUGGAGGUGGUAGUAGCUGACUGAGGUUUAUGUUGAUUUCUUGUGCCAUGUAACCUUUAUCAUUGUUUUAUAGGUCUUUGCUCCUUUCAUUUGUCCAUGAAGAGUCUCAUGUACUAGUGGUAGUAUAUUGAUUCUUUUAUACAGUGUUUAUGUAUGUUCGCUGCUCUGUAAUAUAGAUGUUGAAACUUGUGUCUGCAAAUAG